CUCUGCUGUCAACACUUUGCUUCCUCCUGCCAAUUGUCAGUUUUAACAUUCAAAAAAUGAAGAGCGUUACCCGUCUUUUUGCCCCGGCCUCGCGCAUCCUCGCCGCCCGCACGGCGCUCCCUGCCUCGCGCAUCUGCGCCGCCACAACCCUCUCGGCGCUGCGCACCACACCCGCGAUCCGCUCUCUCAGCACAACGCGCAUUGCCCGUGGCAACGGCUCAGUCGACAGCGACCUGUCGCACACGCUGGCCGAGGAGAUCGACUACGAGACCAAGCAGGCGGCCGAGGAGGGCGUGCCCGAGUUCAUCCAGGCGUUCUCGAACAAGACCGGAUUCAAGCUCAAGACCACCGUGGGCAGCAACCAGGUGAUGAUGACGAAGCAGUUUGGUAGCGAGACCGUCACUGUGUCGUUCGACACCAGCGAGAUCCUGAACGCCGACGACCCGAUCGCCGACAUCGAGGUGUACCGCGAGAACGAGGAUGGCGAGGCUGUCAAGGAGGCCGAGAAGAAGUCGGCCGACACGCCCGAGGACUUCCCGAUCAACUUUACCGCCACGUUCUCGAAGCCCGGCGCGCCCGUGCUGCACAUGGAGCUGGAGACCGAGGAGGGCGAGAUCGGCGUCAACCACAUGAUGUUCCUGCGCAACGAGGAGGCCGCUGUGGCCGACACCGUCGAGGCCGACUGGGCGCGCCGCCAGGCGUACUUUGGCCCGGUCUAUGGGCAGCUCAGCGACGACCUGAAGGACAACAUUGACGAGUUCUUCACCGAGCGCGGCAUCGACACUGCCCUGACUCUGUUCAUGCAGGACUACAUCGAGUACAAGGAGCAGAACGAGUACCUGAACUGGCUCCAGAACUUCAAGAAGUUCAUUGACGCCUAAGCAACCAGUUCUUGUCUUAGCUAUAAAAACAAAAAGAAAUAUGAUUACGCAGACUCGGUCUUG